AUGGCGAAGCCAGUGAAAGAGAAGUGCUCACCUGUGCAAGAAGCUGUAUCAAGUGACAAGGAGAGCACAGAGAAAACACAGCAGGAACCGGAUGUUCCCGAACCAGAACGGGAUUGGGGCUCCAGCAGUAGCGUGAAACCUACAGCCCAGCUGCAAAGCGAGAAAGAACUGAGUUCUGUGGGUGAAUGCAAUGUAGCAAGCUCUGCAAAUCUAGGGGCUGUCACAGGUAAAAGCACUGAAAAAAGGUGCAGUGUCCCAGCAGAGAGCAAGGAGUGGCAGAACACCAGCAGCAUUUCAUCUGUAUGGGACAGCAGUGACCUGGAACCAGGCUCCCUCAAAGCCUGCCUGGAAAUUCCACUUGUGGAUGUAAAGGAGCUUCCCCAGACUCGGCCUGGCCUCCAGUCCUUCAGGAAUCACUUGAUCAUGGAGCUGCUGUGGUUGCAACAAGCUAUUGACAGCCGUAAAAAUUACCUGAAGCUGAAACAGAGGCUGGAGUCUCCUGACAGCUAAGAAGGCAUUCCUGAGCAUGUGGGAUGUUUUGCACUGCUGUGGUGCAGCAGAGGAGCCGCAGCACCAAAGUCACAACAUGAUUUCACAGACAGCAGCACCCUAAGGGAACUUCAACUCUGUGAGCUGAUGUUCUCCUAAUCAGAUUCAUGUGGCAAAAGACUUUUGUUUCUUUUAAAUGUGAAUAUUUCAUCAAAGCAGGAACUAAGUGACGCUUUGACUCUAAGGAGGUUAUCUGUCUUGGAGGAAGUUCUCCCUCCACAAGAACCCAUCCUUAGGGUAAAUUGAGGCUGGGAAAAUUGUCACAAUAGUUCCACUUUGACCAGUUUGUUGUUUGUGGUGGAAUUAAAAUGCCUGAAGGCCA